AUACUCCAAUAAUCACUAAUGUAACGCUUAAUCCUGAUCCUCCAAAAGCUAAUUCUCAACUCGAGGUUAAAGUUUCAGCAACGACCAAUGAAGAUAUUGUUGAUGGCUAUGUAUUCUUGCUUUUAAUUUUCAAUAAAACUAAUAAAACUAUAUUAUUCGGUGAUGAAAUAGACAUUUGCACUACAGUUAAGUGUCCAACUAAAGUGUUUAAUUUUGACAUGACAUUUACUUUAGGAGAUUUGCUGUCAUCAUACCUCAUUGGGGUUGAAAUUGGAGAUCCACAUAAAAUAAUGUUUCAGCUUGUGGACUUGCUCAAGUCCAAUAGUUAUUAUUUCGUAAUUUAA